AUGCUCUUUCGGCUCAUCGCUUAUUUCCUCUUUCUCGUGCUCCCCUGCACCGUAUCGGCCGCUAUUACUGGGGUGGUCAAGAACUCAAAGUUCGCAAAGAGUCCAACCACGCCCUUCCAUAUUCCAUAUAGCAAAUGUGCUGGUCUAGCUACAACCUAUUCCCUCACUAGUCCCGCGACGGGCGCCAAGCUCUACACCAAGUUGAGGACAAACGUUUGGCUUGCCGGAUACUCGCUUGGCUGCACGACAACAGGCGGGACAACAGGCUGCGGCGGGUGCUUCCAGGCCCAGAACUCCAACGGGCUCCUCGCAGUGUGGUUUUUCGUCGCCGACUAUCAUUGCAACAUCUUGGAAAUCGCACAAGGCGCCUAUGACAGACUUAAUACUGUAUCCGGAGGUAACUUCAAUUCAGCCACAGGGCUCGUAUCGGUCGCCGUAAGCAAUUGUGUUGCUUAA